AUGGCCUCAAGAGAACCCUCUUCCCGCAAGAAGACAGGCUGCAGUCCGUCCCAAAAACACCAAAAUUCUCUUCCAAACGCGCCCGCGACGAGGGCGAGAAGAAGGAGAAUACCGUGGAGGCGGCGAAUCCACGAGGACGAGGUGACCCUGCUGAAAGGAAUGAUCGCGUUCAGGGACGCCAUGGGCCGGGACCCGAGCGCCGACCUGACGGCCGUUCACGAUUCCAUCGAGGGGAAGCUGAAGGUCGUGUUCUCGAGGGAGCAGCUGAGGAGAAAGGUCAAUAGGUUGAAGACGAGAUACUUGAAUGCCCUCAAGAAGGCCAAAAAUGGCGAGGAUCCAGUCUUCUCGAAUCUCCACGAGGACAUGCUGUUUGAGCUCUCAAAAAAAAUAUGGUUCUCCUCUGGAAGGAACAUCAUUGAAACGGCCAAAAUUUGGUUGAAAGGUUUCAACAAAAGGACUUUGGCGGCUGCAGACCACUUGUUUGAGGAGGGGGAAAUGGAGGAUGAAAAUCAGAAGGCUUGGAAGAAACUGAAGAUUGAGGAGACUGAGGUGUUUUUGACGCAUUCAAAGACUAUUAGCAGCGCCUCUGACUCUUUUACUGGUGGCUUCUUCCCUCAUGGAACAACACUGUUGCUGAACUUACCUCUUAGGCAAUCUUUAGAUUGGGACUAUUUGAAACCAUUCCUUUCUUCUUCCCAGACUGGGAUGGCUAUAGAUGUAGGAUUGGUGUAA